AUCUUCAUCUUCCCGAGCUGAGCUGAGCCGAGCGGAGCGGAGAGAGAGGAGAGGAGGGGGGCAGGACAGAGAGUACAGGGGGAUCUCGACUCCAAAUUGUCGGCUUUAAAAGACAUUUUGGAUCCAGAGAGCGCUGGCUGCUUGCAAACGGAGGACUGGAUGAGAGCCGGCCGGUGGCACAUGAAGACAAGCGGAUGACAAGCUUUAACACACAAAGAAGAAGACAGAUACGAGGCAGCUAGAGGUGGCAUAAAGACAAUUAAAUAUGUUUUCCAUGGAUGGACGUCUGUCCUGGUCGAGGGGUCAACUCUGCAUUUUAGUGCUCUGAUUUUACUGUAAACCCACUUUGAGGCACAAUGCUGAGAUAAGAGCACUGGCCGGUCGUUUGUUUUGGGCAACCCAGUGGAUCGACAAGAUUCGGAUUAGGGACCAAGGCUUUUGAGCCAAAACGUCAAAACAGCGUUAUUCCGUCUGGUUAUGUGUAGGGACAUAAGCACAGGCCGUGUCAGCGCUUAUUUUGACAGUUUUUGAAUUGUUUGGUAUUUCGGGCUAGCUAGAAAAGCUAGCAGGCUAACCCGACUAGCUUCUCGGAGUUAGCGGAGCUACCUCGAUCGAAAUAAAAACAACCGUACCAAGGGUUGUUUAGGGUUAACACGGGUUUGCCGUUGUGAUAUGGCCUUAUUUAAGAGAAAUAAACCCGCGGUGGGUCGUUAGCUGUACCUGGGGACCUGUUUUUUUCUUCACCGCUCUUUUGUUUUGUUAGCCGUGGAGCUGCUGAGGGACUCGAGGCUCAGCUGAUAGGACAAACAGAGGAGAGGGGGUUUAAAUGAACAUUUGAGUGAAAAGAACUCAUGCUUGCUAAAAAGCCCUGAACUUUACUUACCAGUAAGUCACUAUUGUUAAUGCUGUCAAAUAACACAACUUGCUAUGCAGUUUGAAAACUUGUUUGCAAUCAGACCACUGUAUAGGGGUCAAAAUCUUAUUUAAAUCGUGAGAGGUCCAACGACACACCUUUGAAGGUGUUUUCGACUUAUAAGUUACUACUUGACAAUGCAAGACCACUUACUUAGGGGGAAAAGCUAUACGUCUAGAGGUUUAUUUGAGUUUUAGUCAUGGGUUUUGUUAGUUUUUUUAAAAACUAAAGUGUCUUCAGCAGGUUGGGUGAAAACAAAAUAUGGAUUAACUCCACACUUGUGAUUCACAAAUGCUCAAUUUAAAACCGUAAAUAUAUAUUACUAAGAAACACAGUCUUCUUGAGGGACCUCCUUGGGCCCCUCACGCUGUGUUUGGGUUGAGUGUGUUUCCCCUCCCCCUGGGCGAGUGUCACUCUCAAAACAACAGGAGCGCACAGGCACGUUCAGUUGAGGCGUCCAGGUCUCCACACAGCAGAUGUGAUGGAACUGAUGUUCGCUGAGUGGGAAGAUGGAGAGAGGUUCUCCUUUGAAGAUUCAGAUCGUUUUGAGGAGGACUCCCUGUGCUCAUUCAUAUCAGAGGCAGAAAGUCUCUGCCAGAACUGGAGAGGAUGGAGGAAACAGUCUGCCGGCCCAAAUUCCCCCACUGUGAAGAUUAAAGAUGGUCAAGUUAUCCCUCUUGUGGAGCUGUCGGCCAAACAGGUUGCCUUCCAUAUUCCAUUUGAGGUGGUGGAAAAGGUUUAUCCCCCCGUUCCUGAACAGCUGCAAUUGCGAAUCGCCUACUGGAGCUUCCCUGAAAAUGAAGAAGACAUCAGAUUAUAUUCCUGUUUGGCCAACGGCAGCCCUGAUGAGUUUCAGCGUGGCGAGCAGCUCUAUAGGGUGAGGGCUGUGAAAGACCCUCUGCAGAUAGGUUUCCACCUCAGUGCCACAGUAGUGUCGCCUCAGGCCGGCCAAUCAAAAGGAGCCUACAAUGUGGCUGUAAUGUUUGACCGCUGCCGCAUCACUUCCUGCAGCUGUACCUGUGGAGCAGGAGCCAAAUGGUGUGCCCAUGUCGUGGCCCUCUGCCUCUUCAGGAUUCACAAUGCUUCUGCCGUCUGUCUUCGAGCACCUGUGUCUGAGUCCCUGUCCAGAUUACAACGGGAUCAACUCCAGAAGUUUGCACAAUACCUCAUCAGUGAACUUCCACAGCAGAUCUUGCCGACUGCUCAGCGUCUUUUGGAUGAGCUUCUUUCCUCCCAGUCUACCGCUAUUAACACCGUGUGUGGAGCCCCAGAUCCUACUGCUGGCCCUUCAGCCUCUGACCAGAGCACCUGGUAUUUAGAUGAGUCCACCCUCAGUGACAACAUAAAGAAAACCCUGCACAAAUUCUGUGGUCCUUCACCUGUUGUGUUUAGUGAUGUGAACUCCAUGUACCUGUCGUCCACUGAGCCUCCGGCAGCUGCUGAAUGGGCUUGUCUGCUGAGGCCCCUGCGAGGCAGAGAGCCAGAGGGCAUCUGGAAUCUUUUGUCCAUCGUCAGAGAGAUGUUUAAGAGGCGAGACAGUAACGCUGCACCUCUGUUAGAGAUCCUCACCGAACAGUGUCUCACCCACGAACAGAUUAUUGGUUGGUGGUAUAGUGUAAGAACAUCAGCCUCUCACAGCAGUGCCAGUGGGCACACGGGUCGCAGUAAUGGGCAGACAGAGGUUGCAGCACAUGCAUGCGCUAGUAUGUGUGAUGAAAUGGUUGUCUUGUGGAGGCUGGCAGUGUUAGACCCAACCAUGAGUCCACAGAGGCGUUUGGAACUUGCUGCCCAGCUAAAGCAGUGGCACCUGAAGGUGAUCGAGAUUGUGAAACGGGGGCAGCACCGCAAAUCACUGGACAAACUCUUUCAAGGCUUCAAACCAGCUGUGGAGUGUUGCUACUUCAAUUGGGAAGUGGCGUACCCUUUACCUGGCAUCACAUAUUGCAACGCAGAUAAGAAAAACGUCUCGUUUUGUUGGGCCAGGGCCAUGCAGCAGCAGCGGGGCUUGAAAGCCGGAACCAGCAGCGAAGCAGGAGAAGGAGCUCGCAGUGGGACAUCAGAAGGCAAUUCCUCGGAGCACAAAUCACGGAGCAACUCCCAUCUUCCCCAGCAGGAGGUGGCCGUGCGCCCCAAGGAGACCAUUGUGAGCAAGAGGAAAGUGCCGAAUGUGAACAGUGGGAGUGUGCUGGUUUGUCUAGGCGGCAGAGUUCCUCUCUCACUUCAGGAUGGAGGUAAAAGCAUGUAUAAGACCACUAACUCUUCCCCAUCAGCUGGUACUAAAGCCAAGUUAACACAAAGCAGCAAGGGCUCAUGUGGAAGUUCGAGUGGCGUCAGCGGUAAGCAUCCCAGUGCUAAGCGGCGAACCAGCAGUGAAGACAGCUCUUUAGAGCCUGACAUGGCAGAACUGAAUCUGGAUGAUGGCUCCAGCAUGGCACUCGGAGCAGAGGCCUGCAACACCUUUGAUUUUCUUCCUCCUCCUCCUGAGAUGUUGCCCUCACCGAGCACGCUGCUCCGGGAGCCACUCAAGUACAGCGGUAAUUCAAAAGAGCGUGCCUUCGAGACUAAACGUGUGCCCCAUGCUGCUGAUGCCCAUGCCUGCUUUUCAAAGGAGAGUUCCAUUGCAACCCCGGUAGUGGCAGCUAUGGAGAAAGAGGUGGAAGUAGAGGCAGACCUGGAUGAGAAUGGAGGAGAUGAGGAUGUUAUAGAUGAUGCUGGGCCUUCUGAUUCGCUUCCCAGUAAGGCUCAGCGUGGCCACGAAGAGGGAGAUGGAGCCGGGGCUUCAGGCGCCCCUGGGCCACAGGUGGCUGAAGCUGCAGCAGGUGCAGAUGCUGUGGGUGAAGAUGACUAUCAAGCGUAUUACCUCAGUGCUGCUUCAGAAGAGGGAGCGGAAAGAGGUGUUGCAGACAGCAAUCAUGAGGAAGAGCCAGACAUCUUUGCUGGGAUUAAACCUCUGGAGCAGGAGGGCAGGAUGGAGGUUCUGUUUGCUUGUGCAGAGGCGCUCUAUGCUCACGGCUACAGUAAUGAAGCAUGUCGACUGGCUGUUGAUCUUGCUCGAGAUCUGCUGGCUAACCCUCCUGAUCUGAAGGUGGAGCAGCCACAGACAAAGGGUAAAAAGAGUAAGGUGUCGACCACUAAACAGACACAGGUGGCCACAAACACCCUGUCUAAAGUAGCCUUCCUGCUGACAGUAUUGAGUGAAAGGCUGGAGCUCCAUAACCUGGCCUUCAACACCGGAAUGUUCUCUCUGGAGCUGCAGAGGCCGCCAGCUUCUACUAAAGCCCUGGAGGUGAAGCUUGCAUAUCAGGAGUCAGAGGUAGUGGCUCUACUGAAGAAGAUUCCUCUGGGCAUUGUAGAAAUGACUUCCAUAAGGGACCGAGCAGAACAGCUCCGUGAUGGAAACUUCUGCGACUAUCGUCCCGUUCUUCCCCUCAUGCUGGCAAGCUUCAUAUUUGACGUGCUUUGCACCCCUGUGGUCUCUCCCACGGGUUCUCGGCCUCCAAGCCGGAACCGAAACAAUGAAAUGCCUGGCGAUGAGGAGCUGGGUUUUGAGGCAGCUGUAGCAGCUCUUGGUAUGAAGACAACAGUCAGCGAGGCAGAGCAUCCUCUGUUAUGUGAAGGCACACGGAGAGAGAAAGGAGACCUGGCUUUAGCCCUGAUGAUCACCUAUAAAGAUGACCAAAGCAAGCUUAAAAAGAUUCUGGACAAGCUGCUUGACCGUGAGAGCCAGACCCAUAAGCCACAGACUCUGAGCUCGUUUUACUCUAGCAAACCGGCCACCAGCAGCCAGAAGAGCCCUUCCAAACAUGCCACCCACGGUGCCAGCGGGGCCACUGGGGGAGCGUCGAAGCACACAACUUCAGCAUCAUCAGCCGCUGUGCAGGGCAUGACCAGCGGGGGAGCUGCGGGCCAGCAGGGAGGUUUAGCUAGUGGUGUUCAGAGCACAGCCUCAGGAGAGGGGAUCUCUGAUAACAGAGAUCAAGAAGGUGCGCAGUCAACCUCUUGUGAUCAGCAGAGUGAAGCUGCACCGUUCAAACCCGAGGGCACUGUGCCUAGUCGUCUGGCACUGGGGGGCCGUGGGGCAUAUGGCACCCGCUGCUGGGGGUCACCUGUACGGCAGAAAAAGAAACACACUGGCAUGGCAAGCAUAGACAGCAGUGCUCCAGAGACCACCUCUGACAGCUCUCCUACUCUCAGCCGACGGCCCAUUCGAGGAGGUUGGACCGCUACUUCCUGGGGGAGAGGUCAGGACAGCGACAGUAUUAGCAGCUCUUCCUCUGAUUCACUAGGCUCUUCAUCAUCCAGCGGCUCACGCAGAGCUGGAGGAGGCGCCAGAGCAAAGAGUACUGACACCAGCAGGUAUAAAGGUCGUCGGCCCGAAUGCCAUGCUCCACACGUACCCAACCAGCCGUCUGAGGCAGCUGCCCAUUUUUACUUUGAGCUGGCCAAGACUGUGCUGAUUAAAGCUGGUGGAAACAGCUCCACCUCCAUUUUCACUCAGCCCUCUGCCAGCGGAGGCCACCAGGGGCCACACCGCAACCUACAUCUGUGUGCCUUUGAGAUCGGCCUGUACGCCCUUGGCCUGCAUAAUUUUGUGUCUCCUAAUUGGCUAUCAAGAACGUAUUCCUCACACGUAUCCUGGAUUACAGGCCAGGCUAUGGAGAUUGGGAGUGCUGCUCUCAACAUCCUGGUGGAAUGUUGGGAUGGGCACCUCACUCCUCCAGAGGUGGCAUCACUGGCAGACCGUGCAUCACGUGCACGUGAUCCUAACAUGGUGCGAGCUGCGGCAGAGCUGGCGUUGAGCUGCCUGCCUCAUGCUCAUGCCUUGAACCCCAAUGAGAUUCAGAGAGCCCUGGUGCAGUGCAAGGAGCAGGACAAUGUAAUGCUGGAGAAAGCUUGCAUGGCCGUUGAGGAGGCUGCAAAAGGAGGUGGUGUUUAUCCAGAGGUCCUAUUCGAGGUGGCUCAUCAGUGGUAUUGGCUUUAUGAACAAACCGUUGGCGGUGGUUCGGGCUCCCAGCGAGAAGGUUCUGGACGCUGCGGGGCCAAUGGUGGAGCUGGGAGAACGCCACCGGAAUUAGGCUGUGGUAUUCUGGAUAACACCGGAGCUUUGGAUUCAUCAGGUGUCUCUGCUGUAACUACAACAGUGACCGCAGCUGCAGUAGUACCCGUCAUUUCCGUCGGCUCCACCAUCUACCAAUCUCAUGCGCUGCCAGGCUCAGCUAUGGCGCACACGCAAGGCCUGCAUCCCUACACCACCAUCCAAACACAUCUGCCCACCGUCUGCACCCCACAGUACCUUGGCCACCCGCUUCAACACGUCCCCCGUCCUGCUGUCUUCCCUGUGUCUGGGGCGGCCUACCCACAAGUGUAUGAGUUAAGGAAGGCGUAUCAACCAGGUUUAAAAAGCGCCUGUUUCUCUUCUCAGGGAAUGCACCCUGCUUUCAUUGGUGCUCAAUACCCGUUCUCUGUGGCCACUGGCCCACAUCCUCCUUUGGCAGCUACUGCUGUCACUUUCCCUGGUGUUCCAGUGCCGUCCAUGACUCAGAUCGCGGUUCACCCAUACCACACCGCAGAGGCAGCGCUUCCACUCAGCACUACUGUGGCCGGAGGAGUUCACGCCGGUGCCGCCAUCCAGGCCAUUCAGGGGGCUUCUCUUCCAGGACUCUCGUCUCAGCCUCCCUCACUGGUCAGCGCACCCUUCCCCAUGGAAGACGAGCAGCACAGCCAGCCGAUCAGCCAGCAGGGCCUGCACUACCUCCACUCGGCCUACAGAGUCGGGAUGCUGGCUUUGGAGAUGUUGGGAAGAAGGGCCCACAACGAUCACCCAAACAACUUUUCCCGAAGUCCCCCAUACACGGAAGACGUCAAAUGGCUGUUGGGCUUGGCUGCACGUCUCGGUGUGAACCACGUCUACCAGUUUUGCGUGGGGGCAGCGAAAGGUGUUCUUAGUCCAUUUGUCCUGCAGGAGAUCAUUAUGGAGGCUCUGCAGAGGUUAAACCCUGCUCAUAUCCAUGCACACCUCCGCACUCCUGCCUUCCACCAGCUCGUGCAGCGCUGCCAGCAGGCCUACUUACAGUACAUCCACCACAGGCUGAUCCAUCUGACCCCCGCAGACUACGACGACUUUGUGAACAUCAUCAGAAGUGCCCGCGGGGCGUUUUGCCUGACUCCAGUUGGCAUGAUGCAGUUCAACGAUGUGCUGCAGAACCUAAAGAGGGGCAAACAGACUAAAGAACUCUGGCAGCGGAUCUCAUUGGAAAUGGCCACCUUUUCACCCUGACUGAUCUUCAGCCCGACGGGGACGAGAGACACUCAACCUCCCCCAAAGCCAGACCACUAACACGCAGCUCUCUCUCCCUUCCCCUUCACAGGAAGUGCAGCCUUGUGGACUUCCUGUAUAAACCCACUCACAUGACCCCCAACGUAGUAGUCAUGAGAAAGUGGAACAGAUUUUGGGUCAAGUGGGUCCCUCCAGUGUUGUGUCUGAUCUUUUUUUUUUCGUUCUCUUGUUUUGGUGUGUUCAGUCGAGUAACUUAAUGGCUGUCUAUGUUUUAUCUAUGUGUCCUACCAUCUUCCAUUCACUGAUUUCUAUGCGUUUCGAUCCCCUGAGUUCAUUUAGUUGGUUGAUAACGGGACAGGGGUCUUGGUUCACGUUUGAAGAAAAUCACUAAACGUCAGACUCAUACUGCAACAUUCCUCUACCCUGGAGAACAGAGCUUCCAUCGGUCGUUAAGGAUUUCAGCGUUGGAUGGUGGACGGCGGUGUAAAAAAAAAAAAAAAAUGAAACUUUGCUAAAAGAAACCUUUAUUAUGAAACAAUAAUCAGUACGGGUGAGGAUUCUUCAAUGUUUUUGUUUUAUUUUUUUGUUUGUUUUUAAUAUUUUGUAUAGUGUGGUGUGUGUGCAGCGACCAGGAUGAGGAAUGGUAGAAUGUUCUUACUGACUGCUCUGCGAGUUGUUUUUUUCGUUCUGGUUGGAUGUUGGUGGCUUGAGUGCUGGAACAGAGAAGUCUGGCUGGACCAGAUUACACUGCUUUAAUCCGAAACAAUUCGAGCUUCCUGUCAUUUAAAUUGGGUUCUUUUAUAUCCCAAAUCCAGCUAUUGGAGAAGUCAUUUACAAUUCUGUUAGAAUAGGCUUUGCAAUUUCAAGAUUUACUCCAACCACGCAAAUCUAGCUUUGUUCUCAGUUGAAAACCGGUUUCCGUCAGCCUAGCGUAGUUAAGUGUUUAAUAAACGUCACUGCCAGAUUCCCAUGUUUCCAGCGUCGGCCCCAGCUUUGAAACUCACUAGUGGAGAGUGACUGCGUAGAAAAUGUACUGUGAUAUUUUUGUAUUCUUCAAGUGUAGCUUGGUUGGAAAAAAAAACAAACAAAAAAAAUCUAUAUAAAUACAAAUAUAUAAACUGUGCUGAUUGCAUUCUGAUGUAAUCUAGAAUAAAUGGGGAAAAGAGAAAAAAAUUGGAACAAAGCAAUAUUAAAAAUGUAGAGUUUACUUAAUAAAGAUAAAUCAAAACACUAA